CACCUCCUGUGAUCCAGCUGAAACUGCAGUUCUGUGGGGAUGCCUGUCAACCACCAAAAGUCACAUUCUUUAGAGAUGGACCCCGACCUGGCCCCCAGCUGCAGGCUUGGCGACUUGAGCAGGGGUGGCAGUUUGGAGAGUCGGAGCAGCAGUUCUCGGUCCAGAAGUUUCACUUUGGACGAUGAGAGCCUGAAGUACCUCACGCAUGAGGAAAAGGACGUCAUUCUGUUCUUUGAAGAGACUCUUGAUUCCCUGGAAGGUGACUUUGAGGACACAGUCCUGUGUGACAGUGGCAUUCACUGCCACUCUCCACAGUCUCUGGAAGAGAGCCCUUCCAGUCACUCUGAGCCAGAAGAUGUCAUCGAUUUAGUGCAGCCAGGACCUGAAGCUGGGGAAGCCAAGUGCCUUCCAGAUGGGCCUCAGACAGCAGAGACUGAACCUAGUGGGAAGAAGGACAUUCCUGUCCUCGAAGGCAGGAAGCAGGGUGCUGGGAAUCCCUCACUGCCAGACUCCAGAGUUCCCCAGGCCCUUCUUCCUGUGUCACCCUCCCUGCCCAGUGCCCCAGAGCCACUGGCCCACCCCAAGAAGGAGCCGCUGGCCACCUGUCCUCCUGCGGAGCACCCAAAGCUGCCACGCUCUGUCCCCACACCCCUUGUGAUUGCCCAGAAAAUUUCUGAGAAGCUGGCAGAAAAUGAAGCCCUUUCUGCUACAUCCCCCUCGAGGGAGGACGGGCCUGGAGAGUGGAGGACACCAGCUUCUUCAGCCCCUCGGAUCGGGGAGCACAUCCUGUGGCAUAGACACAUGGUCCAGCCUGCACCCAAGAUCCACCGUUUCCCCAGCAACAUCAGUGUGACCAACAGUUCGGGGAAGGACUUCAACAAGACCAUCUCCAAAGCUGCCGUCAACGUGCAGGAGCGCAAAGCCCAAGUCCUGGCCAACAUCAAUGGUGUCUCCUUCCUGGCCUCAGGAGAUGCUGAGGAGCGGUCCCAGAGGGGUGAGGGCACUGAGCACAGGGGCUUCCGUGCAGAUCAGGUGGCUCAGGCCCACGGCAAGCCAGGCCUGGCCAGGGAGGCCGUGGGUCCACAUGCAGGGCUGGCCACCGGGCAGCAGUCCCGGGCCGUGCAGACCGAGCAGCCCCCAGUGCUGACCAAUGGCUUCCAGAGCGUCCACGAGGCCCUGAAGAGCGAGCCCAGUGCCUUUGUCCCCAGUGGGAAGACCAUCACCUUCCGGCCCGACCCCGCUCUGCGACACAGUGUCAGCAGGAGCCUCUACGAGCCCCGGCCUGACUGCGGCCAGGAUGCCAGGAAGCGGGCCGGCUCCCUGCCCAGGGCCGGGGGCUUCCGACCCCAGGGCAUCACCGUGCAGUUCUCAGGUCGGGGCUCCACCGAGGAGGCCCGGAGAGAGGCCCUGCGCAAGCUUGGGCUGCUGAAGGAAAACUUGUGAGAGACCUGAGGACACCUUGCCCUCUCCCCUAAAUGAGGGCAGGAUGGAACAGUGGCAUUGGCAAAGGGGACCCCUAGCCUGCAGAUCCAGGAACCGUCUACAUCAGGUGCUCUGCACACUGGAGGGGCAGAAGCCACGACCCCAACUGUGGCACCCUAUGAAGGGUGGAACCCCAGGCCUGGCCUGGCUAGAUCCCACAGCCAGCAUCCUUCUCUGAAAGAGAACAUGGCCCAGACCUUGUCACCUUUUUCUAAGGCCUGUGGGCUUCCAUGAUUCAUAAAUAGCUAACGUGUUUCGAUUUGAGAGGAGGGGACUGGCCCCAUGUCA